GUCGUCUCCGCCUUUUCCGCUUCCUGUGACGUCAGCAGUGUGCGUCUAUUGUACGUCCUCGCGGGUUUCCUGGAGCUGUAGUGUGAGCAGACGGGGAGAGAAGAUGAGUAAGGCGCACCCGCCCGAGCUGAAGAAGUUCAUGGACAAGAAGCUGUCGUUGAAACUCAAUGGCGGCAGACACGUACAAGGAAUUCUGAGAGGGUUUGACCCAUUCAUGAACCUGGUAUUAGACGAGUGCACAGAGGUGUCUGGAACUGGGAAUCAAAACACAAUUGGCAUGGUGGUUAUAAGAGGGAACAGCAUCAUUAUGUUGGAAGCUUUGGAGCGAGUAUAGCACCACGAAUAGAGACGGAUGACGUCCUGGAAGACCCCGUGCUGGAGUAACAUUGACCAAUUAAUGACCCCAGUUCUGAAUGAAUGAUGUGUGCGCAAGACUCUUUACCUCUUUGUGUGACUUAUGGUUUUUGUUUUGUAUUAAAAUGUUUCAAUUAGA